UAAGAUGGCUACAAAUUAGAUUGGUGUCUAGUGUGUGAGAAAACAAUGAAGUAGUGAAAUAAAAACGAAAAACGAGAGAAAAAUCAAAUAAAAUCGAGAAAAUAUUAUCAAAAACAGUGAAAUAUAAACAAACGAAAAAGGCAAAUUGGGAUAUAUAUAGUUGUUCUCUACCGAUUCCAGCCAAUAACAAACUGGAAAACAUGGACAAUUUAGACAUUGCCGAGGAGCAGACAGAAGAAAAAAUCGAUCUAGUCAAUUGUACCUGAUAUAUUAUAAGAACAAAGAAAGCAAAAACACCAUUAACAAAAACGCACAAAAAAGAACAAUACAACGUAUGUUAUAAGAGCCUAAUUUACUAACGUCGCAACAAAAAUCUGUAGUACAAAAAAUAUAAAAAAAACAACAACAACACAACAAAAUUAACAACAACAAUUACCCCGAGAAAUCACCAACGAGCAUUAAUUGCCAAACGUGUGAAUAUUUUACAAAUUUAUGCGAAUUUUUAAUGUUAUGGAAUUUCCAAUGGACCCAAAAGAAAAUAAAAGGUUUAAAUGCAAACCAAAAUGAAAAUUUGACUACCACAACGACUUUGGGUAGUCCAACAACCACAAAUGCUCCAGAAUCUCCCACAUCAUCAUCAACAGCAAAUGCUGCCAGUCCUAUUGUAGGAAGUGGAUGUGGUGGCGGUGGAGGCGGGAGUGGAGGAGCUGCUGCUGGCUAUGAAGAUACACAAUCAGUUAGUACCACAACAACCACCUUGCCACCCGACAACAAUGAAGUGUGCGUAACACCACCGCAACGUCAUUCGCUCAACUCCAAUGAUUAUCAAACAUCGACACCAAAGUCGUCCUCGGCACGUAGUUCGGCAGCAGCAACCAAUUCUGGUGGUGCGGCGGCAGCCUCCACAUCGCCCAUACACCACGGCGCCAGCGUGGGCGAUACUGUAAAUAACAAUGCAAAUAUUUUGACAAAUGAGGAAAGUCCUUUGCCACAGACAUUCAAUAACGUGGAGUGUAGUACCUUUAAUGAGUCACAAUUGAUGGCAACUGGCGUGGGAAAUGUGCUCGAAAAUAUCACAGCAGCACCAGCCUCCGGAAAUAUUGCCAACAAUAAUGCAAUUAUCAAUUCUGGCCUGGCCUGUGGUCCAGCAAAUAUGACCCCCACACAAAAUCAACAAAUCCUCAAUAAUUAUCCUGGCAUAGCCAAUAGCCAAAAUGGCUCAAAUCGUAAUUACAAUCCCAUUCUUAUACCCCAACGUCAGUCCCUAUUGCCCUGGGGCAGCCAUUCAAGAUCUUCAAUAAUCAAUAUUAUGCCCUAUAACACCCCAACCUGUUCCACCGCUCAAAUGGAAAACAGCACGGAGGGCAACUUCUUAAGGCCAGGGGAAAUUGUUAUGCGUAACCUCUUUUCCGAUUUCACCCAGCAGGCCGAGAAGAAAAUCGAGUUGGUUAUGCUGGAAAGUGCCGAUAAACCCUUGUCCAAACUACUGCAACGCGGCGAAGAUCAACAAUUCGAUCAGCUACUCUCCGCCCUGGGUAAUGUGGCCGAACAUUGUUUACCUUCGCUGCUGCACACCCUGUUGGCCUGGCACCGGCGCCAGCUAUCCGAUGCAGAAAUUAAAAACGAUCUCAAGCGCAUGGAAAAAUCUGUAAAUGCCAAUAAAACGCUGAACUCACAGGAAUUGGAUUUUCAGCUGCAACGUCGUGAGGCGGCGGUGGAGUUCAUUUUCUGCUUGGCCCUCAUUGAAAUUCUCAAACAACUUUCCUUCCAUCCCGGCCAUGAGGACUUGGUGCGUAGCAUUGAAAAUCUGGCCUUUAAACAUUUCAAAUACAAGGAAGGUCUCCAGAAUAAUCCCAAUGCCCAUAACAUCCACAUGAUUGCCGAUUUGUAUGCCGAGGUAAUUGGAGUAUUGGCCCAGUCACGUUUCAGUUCGGUGCGUAAACGUUUUAUGUCUGAACUAAAAGAACUGCGCACCAAAGAGCCAUCUCCUCAUACCACCCAGAGUAUUAUAAGUUUGUUGAUGGGCAUGAAAUUCUUUAGAGUUAAGAUGGUACCCAUUGAAGAAUUCGAAGCUUCAUUUCAAUUUAUGCACGAAUGUGGUCAGUAUUUUUUGGAAUUAAAAGAUAAGGAUAUUAAGCAUGCUUUGGCUGGGUUGUUCGUGGAGAUCCUUGUUCCUGUUGCAGCGGCUGUCAAAAAUGAAGUCAAUGUUCCUUGUGUGAAAAAUUUCGUCGAGCUAUUGUAUACGCAAACUCUGGAUGCUUCGACCAAGUCUAAACAUCGUCUUGCCCUUUUCCCGCUGGUAACUUGCCUGCUAUGUGUGUCGCAAAAAACAUUCUUUCUAACCAAUUGGCAUUAUUUUCUGGCGAUGUGUUUGAGUAAUUUGAAAAAUCGUGAUGCCAAAAUGAGUCGAGUGGCAUUGGAAUCGUUAUAUCGUCUCUUGUGGGUUUAUAUGAUACGUAUCAAGUGUGAAUCGAAUUCGGCAACGCAUUCACGCCUGCAAAGCAUUGUGAAUUCUUUGUUUCCCAAAGGCUCAAAAGGUGUUGUGCCACGUGAUACUCCAUUGAAUAUUUUCGUGAAAAUUAUACAAUUUAUUGCUCAAGAACGUUUGGAUUUUGCCAUGCGUGAAAUUGUCUAUGAUUUGUUGUGUGUGGGCAGGCCAAUUAAGUUAAUUCUUAAUCCCGAACGGAUGAGCAUUGGUCUACGUGCUUUUCUUGUUGUAGCCGAUUCGCUGCAACAAAAAGACGGCGAACCUCCAAUGCCGCGUACGGUGCCUGUCCUACCGUCGGGCAAUACACUGCGUGUCAAGAAGACCUACAUCAAUAAAAUGCUAACCGAUGAUACGGCUCGCAGCAUUGGCAUGUCCACAUAUUUUCCACAUGUGCGUCGUGUCUUCGUCGAUAUUCUGCGUGCUCUCGACGUUCACUAUGGACGACCGCUGAUGAUGACAAAUACACAAAAUCAAAACAAGGAACCCGACGAAAUGCUAUCCGGCGAACGUAAACCACGCAUCGAUCUCUUUAGGACCUGUGUGGCCGCAGUGCCGCGUCUAAUACCCGACACAAUGACACCGCAAGAAUUGGUCGACCUAUUGUCGCGCCUCACCGUACACAUGGACGAGGAGUUGCGUAUGCUAACACAUCAGUCGUUGCAAACAUUGGUUAUAGAUUUUCCGGAUUGGCGUCAGGAUGUCGUGCACGGUUACACACAGUUUCUGGUGCGCGAUGUCACCGACACUUAUCCGCAACUAUUGGAGAAUUGUACACGAAUGUUGUUUGUAUUUCUGAACAUAUGGCGCUGUGCCAUCAAUGUGAACGGUAGCAACGGCAACAAUAGCAUGCUGAAAACCCCCACCACAGUUGCAAGUUCGAUCAAUACCACACAGGCUGGUAUAGCUACACAGGCUGUGGGCAUGGCUGCAUCGGUUGCCACCAAUAUUGUGGGCAAAGACACAGCCACCAGCCAAUUGUCAAGUGCUAGCAAUGUGAAAAGUAUUACAAAUACCAAUUCAAGUGCUACGUCCAGUAUUACCUCGAGUGGCAUGUCGAGCAUUACUCAAGCCACGGUCAUAAACUUGGCGGAUAGUGGUAAAAAGAAUGAAAUUCCCCUGGCUACCACGUUGCAUUUUGUCGAAGGCUAUGCCUUAGUACUGCUCUGCAGUUAUCGUCCAUAUCUACGUAAAUUGGCCGCAAUGAUUUUGAAAGAAGUGAAAAAUCUCAUGAAGGCAUUGGGUAUACCGGAAACAGAGCCGCCGCUAUUGGAUGUUAUUGAUAAGUGUUGUCCACAGGUAUUGGAUAAAUGUCUACCGCAUCUACCUCAAACUGAAAAGACUGCUAUUCUAAAUGCAACACAAAUCGAUUUACAAUGGAUUGUGGAACGUUCAAGCGGUGUGUGGCUGGGUGGCCUAACCGAUGACAACUCCAAAUCAUCAACAUCCACACUGAAUCUAUCACAAUCGAGUGGUUCGCCACAACCACAACAGCAAUUUGAUCCAUGGUCGGUGUGUUUGUUUGGAUUCCUCGAAAGAGACCGCAUUUUGCAAAAGUGUCCAUCGGUAGUGGCACAAGCCUGGCCCAUAUGUUAUGCCCGUCUGACAACAUUGUACAGUGUCAUUGAUCCAACGCCGGUCAGCGAUAAUCGAGCAUCGCUGCUGCGCUCCUCGGCGCCAACAAAACGUGUGCCCACCGAAAGCCAAAAAGAUCUAUAUUUGCGCAUUUGGCGCAAUCAGGUGGCAAUGGCAAUGCGUUUGGUACCGCAAAUAUUGAGUGUGGCCAUACGUUGUGCCUCUCCCGAUUUAAGUUUGAGUUUACAAGAUCAGUCGGAUUCACGUUCCCUGUCCGAUUCGUUGGACAAUAUACCGUCAAAUGUCUUUGGCCCGGAAGGAAUUGUGACACGUUUUACGCUGCCCCUGUCGUAUGGGCGUAAAGAGGCGCGACAAAAACGUUUGGGUUCAUCGCCCGAUUCCCUGAAUGCUGACCGUAGCGAUAAAUCGGCACUGGGUGCUGCCUCGCCACAGGCUUUUUACAAGCUAAUUGUACCCUUGUUACGCUGUGAAGUUGUCGAUGUUCGGGAUGCUGCUGUGAAUGCCCUGGGAAUGAUUAACCAUGACGCUCUGAAAGAUCUAAUGGAAGAGCUGGUGGUCUACAUACGGGAAGCCGUUGACCGAAAACAGGAAAAUAUGCGACGACGUCGUAGGCGGGAUGCAUUGCGUUUGCAGUUGGUUCGGGUUUUGGAGAAAAUUGCUGAAAAUGGAACCUUUGGUGUUAGCACUUGUGUCCUGGAACGUGAUACCAUGUCUUUGCAUCCGACUUUUGUCGAGUACAUCGACGGGGCCAUGCAGUAUCUUUUGGCCGAAACCGACAAGGACAACAUCAGCAUUCGUGAGGUGAAGGCGCACUUUUGCAAUUUCAUACGGAAAAUGAUCAAAAACUUUUCACUGGAAUCCUGUGCCACAUUAUUGACACGUGAUUUAAAGCGUAAUUUAUUCAAUUUAUUUGCCACCUGGUCUGGGAGUUUUGCCAAGCCACUGGGUAUUGCCAGCCAACAGAUUGGCCAAUCACCGGAAGAGGAAAAACUACAGUUCAGUGCUUUACAGGCCAUGUCGGCUCUUCUAUCUUGUGGUCAUAUUUUUUAUACGCCCUUCCUAUCGGACGAUGGCAUCAUUUACAAAUGGCUUGACAUGCUGUUGGCGUCCAAAGAUGAAAAGAUUUAUCAAUUGGCCCGUGACACGGUUGUCUUACUUUUAGAAUGUAAUCCUGAUAUGGGUCAAUUAUUGGAAUGGGUAAUCGAUCGUUGUUACACAUCGGAGCCCAGGGAGGCGGAUGCUUGCUUUUUGGCUUUGGCUGCCAUAUUUAGUGCAAGAGAAUAUCCUUGCGAUCAUUACACGUCUGUCAUAACAGUCACGUUACUCAUGACCGGCUGUCCUCGUGUCGAAGUUCAUUCCUCCGCUUUACUUUUGCUGCAAAUUCUCGACAAACGCUUUUUCGGAAGUGUUGGACCACUGCAUGCGGACAAUGAAAAAGAGGAUGACAAAGUGGGAACCCUGGACGUUUUGCUAAGUAGUGCUUAUUGCCGGUCCCAACGUUUUUUGUCCAAACAACUGGCACAGUUGCGACCGGAGUUGACAAUGUCGAUGUUUUCAGAAAUAACACAUCGCUUUCAAACGGCUCGUGAAGAUGUACGCACGCUAUUACUGCAGUGCUUGCAACCCUGGCUGCACAACAUGGAAUUAGUGGCGACAACAGUGCCACCAGCCACACCGUUGUCAUAUAUCAUGUAUUUCCCCGACUCUGGAACAAGAGGACGACGAGAAGGUACCGGUUCCACGGAAGCCACUGAAAUGAUCCUCAACAAUCUAUUCUAUAUAACAGCCAAGUUUUCCGAUACCCAUCCACGUGACAUCGAAGAGCUGUGGGGGACACUGUGUCAAUUCUGGCCAAACAAUCUCAAGGUGAUUCUGCGUUAUCUGGUGAUAAUGAGCGGUAUGGCUCCCAACGAGUUGCUGCCCUAUGCUAAACGUGUGGCUCUUUAUUUGGCUCGCACCUGUCCGGAUCGUUUGCUCGAUGAGUUAAUGGCAGAAUUGCAAACUGUCGAGACACUUAAUUGCCUAAUUGAACGUACGGAAACUCCACCAUUUUAUCGCUUGACCAGCAUGCGUAAGGCAUCCAGUCAUUCGGCUGAUGGACAAGCAGUUGGAGGUAUCAACGAUUCGCGCAUUCAAGAUCUUACCGUUGAAAAGGGUACAAUUCAUACGAAACGCCAUAGUGGCGAAGAUCCAAUAAAAACUGGCACAUGCAAAUCGGAUAGCGGCAUAAGAGCAUUUACACAGGCCACUAAUAAUCGACCACCACGCGGUGCCGACAAGAUACGUGCAGCAUCCGGCCCAUCCAUACUGCCACGACCCGAAGAUAUACUUAUUAAUGAUCCAGAGUUGCGACAGGAAGAAAACGUGGAAUUACGUUCAUCGGAAGUAUCUCACACAGCUCCGGUUGCAGCACCACACCCUUUACCCAUGCCCGAAUAUGGUGGUUAUUUUGCUCCGCUUACGGAAUUUUUGCCUGAUGUCAGUUUGCCAAUAAGUGGAUUCCACAGAUGUAAUGUCGCUGUUAUGCUGCUGACCGACAUAGUGGUAGAUGGUAUACCAGGCAUCGAUUGGACUCUACAUUUACCUUUGAUGUUGCACAUAUUGUUUUUGGGCCUGGACCAUAAUCGCGUAAUUGUGCGUGAACAUUGCAAGCAGUUAUGUAUGAAUUUACUGAUUGUAUUGGCUGAACACAAUGAUCAUUUGACAGUAGCUCGUAUUUUAUUAAAUAGCGAGACCACAAAACUUGAUUUGGGGUUGACUGUACCCUCGCUGCCAGUGAUUGAUAAUUAUUUCACAGAAUCUCACCAAGAAUUCGAUAGUUAUUUGUACAACAAUUGUUAUGUAAUCGCAACAUCAUCGCAGCAACACCAACAACAACAGCAGAUACUUCCUUUGGGUGCUUCUAGUUCGACGGCAUGCAGCUUGUAUGCCGCACAACAGUAUCAAGUUUCUAACUAUGUUAAUCAACAACAACAAUUGAUGGCGGCAUCUGGUGGUAUUCAACAGCAGCAACAACAACAAUCGCAAGAUAACCACAUGAAUUUACAACAGCCACCUCCCAUUAACCAAUCAUCACCGCCCAUGGCAUCUUCAACACAGCAACAGACUAUACAAAUACCAGGCCAGUCUGUACAACAACAAUCAUCACAACAAACUGUGGUGCAAAUCAAUCCGAAUACCACCGAAAAUUCUGAAGUUCCUUUAAUAAUAACAGCCGAUGAAAAUGCCCCACCCCAGCCAGGCCCAACAAUGCCCAUAAUGCAUGUUAUCAAAAGUUUGCUGAAAUUCUUGGCCCAAGAAUCAUCCCAGCCUCUGUGGAAUUAUGAGGAUAUAACAGCCAAGGUUUGGUCCAUUAAAUCUGCCGAGCAAUUGAGUUGCUUCCUACGCCAUAUCGUCAAAGUGUUUUCCGAUAGCUACCUCCAAGCUCGCAUUGCUGAACGUUGGGCGCAGACAGCCCUGCAACUUGGUCUCUCGUGCUCUUCUCGUCACUAUGCCGGUCGUUGCCUUCAAAUAUUCCGAGCCCUUAAUGUGCCCAUCAACUCUCGCAUGUUGUCCGACAUUUUAUCCCGUCUUGUGGAAACUGUUGCCGAGCAAGGCGAAGAUAUGCAAGGCUAUGUGACUGAACUUUUACUUACUCUGGAAGCAGCUGUCGAUAGUUUGGAUUCUGAUUUUAGACCCUUGGAUGUGAUGAAGGAUAUUUUUAAAAGCACCCCCAAUCUGAAUAACAAAGAUGGUGGUCCAAAUUCCAUACUGUCGGGCGGUAAAAAAUCUCCUUCCGGCAUGACACCACAAUCACCGAAUUUCUCACUGCAAAGUCAUGCUCGCAGUACCAGCUACUCGGUGUCGUAUUGUGCUCGCAAAUCCACCAACUCCCCAUGUGACAAGCAGGUGGAGCUCCGCAACAGAGCCACUGGUAUUGAUAUGGAACGUAAUAUGGCAAAGUUUGGCAUAGUUAGUGGUUCGGCCUUAUCACGUUCACGCAGUGCUCAAAGUUUGAAAAUGUUGGGUGAUACUGCAACGCAGGAUGAUAAAAUGACAAUAUUGGCCCAAUUGUUUUGGUUGUCAGUAUCGCUAUUGGAAAGUGAUUAUGAACAUGAAUUUUUACUGGCUUUAAGACUAUUGACCAGAGUACUGCAUCGUUUGCCAUUGGAUCGUCCAGAUGCCAGAGAUAAAGUUGAGAAAUUACAACAGCAAUUAAAAUGGACUGGAUAUCCCGGUGUACAUGCUUUACUAUUAAAGGGUUGCACACACACGGCCACUUAUGAACCCACCAUCACACUAUUAUCACAAUUUGCCCCCUUGCUCAAUUUACCAGUUUGUGAUCCCACACAAAGCUGUGCAUUCCCCAUGAAUGUCAUAGCCCUUUUGCCCUAUAUGCUAUUGCACUAUGAGGAUGCAAACGAAAUUUGUAUACGCAGCGCUGAAAAUAUUGCUCAAGUAUCCUCCGAAUUGGGUGCAAAAUUGGAAAAUCUAGGAACUGUAAUGACCCUCUAUAGCCGCAAAACUUUUUGUAAAGAAUCAUUCCAAUGGACUAAAUGUGUGGUUAAAUAUCUUCAUGAUACCUAUGCACAUAUGGGUCUACAUAUGUUGGCCUUUUUGAUAGAGGUACUGGAAAAGGGACCACAACAAAUACAAGUUCCAGUGUUGAAUGUCAUUCACUGUAUGCUACACUAUGUGGAUUUGUCAGCGCCACAAGCACAAACCAUCAAUGCUGAUCUUUUGCGAGCAAUUGGAAAAUAUUUGGAGACAUCCAAUUGGAAGGAUUCUUUAAAAAUUCUCAAAUUAAUUGUUACGCGCAGCUCAUCGCUGCAAGUUGUGCCACCAAGUGAGGGCGGAAGCGUUGGGUUUUCGUUCUCUUUCUAUGGUACAUAUCCGGAUUCGGAUAUGUUCUGUAAAAAGGAACUAGCCGGACGCACUAUGGAGUUUUCGUUCGAUGUGUCACAAACGCCCUUAAUCGGCCGUCGUAUACUUCUAAAAACUGAUGAAAAUACCACAACAGGUGGCAACAAUGGCCAAACUACUAAUGCCACAUCUGCAACGGCCAAUUCAAGCUCGGUGACGGCAAGUGGUAGUACAGCCGGUCAAGCCCAAAACAACAAAGGCAAUGCUUACAACAUUAACAACAACAAUGGCAAUUCGCAUAUACAUCAACAAUCCUCUAUGCACACCAACAGUAAUGUGGGAACUCCCAAUUCGCCCAGACGCAGUGCCAGCCUAUCGCCGGCCGAUACUGCACCAUUAAGUGGUUGGAAACGUCCCUGGAUGUGUCAAAGUCGGGUCAGAGAGUGUUUGGUGAAUUUGCUCACAACUUGUGGUCAGCGCGUAGGCCUGCCAAAAUCGCCAUCGGAUGAUUUCAUAAAUUCCAUAUGCUCAAAGACUUUAAGUCCUACGCUUCUAACUGGAUCUGUAAUCACCAGACAAAGCGUUAUAUUCAGCCAAUCUUCGGAUCUCAUGGAACGACAGUCUUCGGCUGCCUCAUCGACAGAGGAAACUUCUGGGCCACAAGGUGAUUUAAGCAGUGGCUCACGUCGUGAUGAUGGACAACCUGAUUUUACCGUCUUCAAAGAUUUUGAUUUCUUGGAAUAUGAAGAUAGUAUUACUGGCGAGUCCACAGACAACUUUAACUGGGGCGUUCGACGUCAUCAAUUGUUUGAAGGAGACGAAGACAUGCUCGCCUGUGGUGCUGGUGGCAUGAGUGGUGGUGGUACCGGUUCAAUUAAGGGUGGCCACUCUUCAGCAUUGGAAGACAGUUUCAGCGAUAAAACACCUAUACUGAGUAAACGUAGACGACAAACCGCUGAUGAUUCUUCAGACGAAGAAGCUGAAUCGGAGUCCCCCAUUGACGAAGAUCACCGUCAAUCGUUUAAAUCCGGUUUCAACGUGGGGCCACCCACCUCGUUAAGUUUAAGAGAAAGAAGACGCCGCAACUCAGUAUCACGUAGUGAUACCAGCGGUUCAAGCGCAGGAGAUUUGGGUGACAUAACACCAUGCAAUGCCUCGCCUCAUUUGCCGGGUAUUAUACGUUUUGGUGGAGCUGUACGUGAUGAGGCAGAAGAGAAUUGGCGCAAACAAUUACAAGCCAUGCUCAUCAAUCAACCAUCGGCUCACACUUCCGAAUUACUUAUGCAAUUGUAUCGUCUCAUCAAGGAGUUGACAUUCAAAACCAUCAGCAUUUCAAAGGAAGCGAAGAAAUUCUUCACCGGCAUAGGUUCUCAGUUGGGUAAUCGAAUUUCCCUGUUCACCGAUUUACUGAGUUCAAGAGCUGACCCGCCAAGGGUUUGGUGUAGCGAGCAUCAGACAACCACACCACGACUGUUUGAGACAUUGCGUUUUAAUGUUUUAGAAGUUCAGGAACAUUUGGAGACAUUUUUCGAUCGUAAAGAUCAAGUGCUGGAGUGUCUUGAUUCGGUAAAAUCUUCCUGUAAGUUAUCUCUAUUCAGUGAAAAUGAUGUUGCUGCCUCGGGUCUUGAUCUAGCCUCAACUUCAAAUAUACCAUACAUGCCGUUUGAUCCAGCAUCCACAGAAGUGGUUUUAGACUUGGGAAGAGCUUUGUACAAAUUAAUGUUUCAACUAUUGCUAUUAAUCGAAUCGAAUCAUAAAAUUAGCUCGAAUGUUGUUAAUCAUUUUAGACAAAAUGAAAAUGUUCAAGAUAUAUCCGAUUUGUAUACUCUUGUUAGAGAUGCACUGGUUCGUAGUAUAAGCGAAGUAGAUCUGGAAACUUUGGACACAUCCACCUCAACGGAAGGUGAACAUACACCCACACCCUCGCCUGGCAUUCCAAUGUCACAGGAAGAAUUCGAAACAACGCUCCAAGAGUUAAUAGAGGCUCAAAAAUGGUCAGCCGCCCUUGCCCACGUUCGACAAUACAAACGAGUUUCUCAGAUGACCGGAUCAAAUUUGAAUUUGACCAUAUUUAGCUACACUAAUUUGGACAAUCGUCUGAAAUACGAUGAGAUGUCAAUUAUACUAAAUGCCUAUGCACAACGUAUUAUGAAGGAUAGGCAAGAAGCAUUUAUUGUCUCCAAAUCAGAAUCGGAACUUUUCGAGGUCUAUGCCAUAUUAUCGGAGAAUUUGUAUCAUGUCUCCAGUGCUCUGACCACCAUGGAAAUCAAUAUGAAAAGCUAUAGUCAAACUCAUGCUUCAAGUUCAUCUCAGGUUUUUCGUGGCGGCGAAUCCAGCGAUAGAGUUACAAAUCUUUAAAGUUAACAAUGUGGUUUUUAUAAAAAGAAUCAGAUUUUUACGAUGACACUACAACCAAUCAUACACGAAAUAUUUAAAAAAAAAAAUCAAGUGAAAUUUGUUAAAUACAUGAACAAAAUUAUGAGUUUAGUUUUAAUUAAAAAAAAAAAUCUAUUUUAAGUAACGUUGAUUGAAAUUUCAUCAAUACAUACAUUGGGUUUAUUGAAAAAAGAAAUCAAUAAAAAAUCAUUUUAUUACAAUAGAAUCGAAAUUGAUUUUUGGUUAUAUAGCAGUUGUGAAAAAAAAAAAAAAAACAUUUUAAUAAUAUAUACAAGAAUAACCAUAUAACCAAUUCAUACAGAACAUUUAUUCACACACACAUAUGUUUUUCCAGAACAAACAAAAAAUUGUAUCAGUGUAUUUAUUUCAAGACAAAUACGAUAUCAUGUAAAACGCUUAAUAUUAACGAAUAAAAUUCAAACCAAAUUUA